UGCAGUACAUACUAGUGCAGUAUGCAGUACGCAGUAUAGUAGUAUGCCAUUCCGAAUACAGCCUGUGUAUGUGCUUUUUCACGCAAGGAGGAGGGGUCGAGUUCUGGGAGAGGUCAUGGAUAAACCUAUUUCCGGUUUGGAGCACCGCUACGAAAAUGGAUGGGUUUUAUUAUUCCUCAUGUUUUUCCGCACUUUAGGCAGGACGACGUUACCAGAACAGUCGAGGAACUAUCGAGAGAAACUCCAUAAGGGAUACAAAAGUUCUUUUUCGAGCAGUUUAUUUUUGAUUAUGAAGGACUGUUCAUUCAUCCACAGGCACUGCAGAUGGUUUGUGUUUGGUCCUGAGGUUCUGAGAGGAUUUUCAGGCAUUCUAUUACACAGGACGCUAUUGGCCAUUAAAGGACCUGUUCCAGAAUCACUCCCACUGCUUCAGACAGAACUGAAUGCUGUCCUGUUCCAGGUCUCCUGCUCCUAGUGUCGACUUUACAACCUGUUUAAAACGUAUCUAUGGAAAUAGACUCAAACAGAACAGUUCACAAAUAGGUUAAACUACUAGAAGAGGGGAAGAACAUGGAAUCUUCAAAAAUCUCCAAUGCUCAGCAAACAUCAACUACUACCUCUCCCAAACAAAUGCAGAAAAGUACAGACAGGAAAAAAUCUUUCCACUGCUCAGACUGUGGGAAUAGUUUUAGCCGUCAGAGAGAUCUUCAACAACACAGGCGCAUUCACACUGGAGAGAAACCGUAUCACUGCUCAGACUGUGGGAAGAGUUUUAAUCAACAGGGUACUCUCAAACUACACCAGCGCAUUCACACUGGAGAGAAACCGUAUCACUGCUCAGACUGUGGGAAGAGUUUUAAUCAACAGAGUCUUCUUCGAAUGCACCAGCGCAUUCACACUGGAGAGAAACCGUAUCACUGCUCAGACUGUGGGAAAAGUUUUAGUCAACAGAUUUCUCUUAAAACACACCAGCGCAUUCACACUGGAGAGAAACCGUAUCACUGCUCAGACUGUGGGAAGAGUUUUAAUCUACAGGGUAAUCUUCAACAACACCAGCGCAUUCACACUGGAGAGAAACCGUAUCACUGCUCAGACUGUGGGAAGAGUUUUUAUCUACAGAGUCAUCUCCAAAAACACCAGCGCAUUCACACUGGAGAGAAACUGUAUCACUGCUCAGACUGUGGGAAGAGUUUUACUCAACAGAAUAAUCUCAAAACACACCAGCGCAUUCACACAGGAGAGAAACCGUAUCACUGCACAGACUGUGCGAAGAGUUUUACUCAACAGGGUCAUCUCCUACUACAUCAGCGCAUUCACACUGGAGAGAAACCGUAUCAUUGCUCAGACUGUGGGAAGAGUUUUAGCUGUCAGAUUUCUUUCAGACGACACCAGCGCAUUCACACUGGAGAGAAACCGUAUCAUUGCUCAGACUGUGGGAAGAGUUUUAGUUGUCAGUAUUCUCUCAGUCGACACCAGCGCAUUCACACAGGAGAAAAACUCUAUUAUUGCUUUGAAUGUGAGAGGAGGUUCAGGUAUUCACAUGGUUUGAAGGAACACAAAUGCUUUAAGAUCAGUAAUGGAACUGGUCUGUAAAACAUUAAUAGAUGUUUUCAGGAGUAACAGACAUUCCUAAAAAAGAGGUAGCUAACUGGGUUUAGACUAGAAAAUUCAGUAAAGCUUUGUGUUUCUGAAACAUGCAUGAGUUGCCCUAUAUACUGAGUGUUGUGACUGAUGCAAAAUGGAAAAGUGUCCUGUGGUCUGAGUAUGAGUACAGAGUUUCAGAGCAACAUAUGCUGCCAUCCAAGCAAAGGUCAGGUGGUGAAAGUAGUAAAAACGACCCUGUCCCAACUUCUUUCGAACAUGUAGCAGCAUCAAAUUUAAAAUGAGUGAAUAUUUGUAUUGAGCUCAGUUCAAUAUAGGUUUACAAGGAUUUGCACAAGCAUUCUGUAUUUUGUGGUGAGUUAUUAGUUAUUUACUUGUUUAACUCCACUGUAUUUGAUCAUUGGAGUUAAACAAUUGAAUAUCAGUUAAUGAGUUUGUAGACUUGGAGUGUUUCCUCUUGGUUUGGUUUGAUUUGGGUUUUAGUUUUCACUCUGGGGGGGGAAAACUGUAGGCUACCAUAAUGUUUCACAACAAAACACAGGAGACCUCUCUUCCUUAUUGGUCAGCUCUAUCUCAGUCAGAGCAUUAAAGUAGAGGAAGAAGGUUCUGUUUUCUGGGCAAAUCCGUCUUUCUGUAGAGUUUAACACGCUGCCUUUACAUUAUUACUAAAUCAAGAAUUUAAAAUUUAUUGUCAUUCCCUCCUGGAACAGAAUGAAUCAUUUCCCAUAAUUUGUAAUCUAAUUUGUAAACUAUUUUCUAUGACUUAAUGUAAUGAGUAAAUAAGAGUUAGAAAAAAAACGUAUUAAUUGAAUAGAAAUUGGAUAUGAUUUACUUUUCUAAAAGUAUUGAAAUAAGCUGACCAUGUUACUAAAUAUGCUUUUUAGUGUCCUGCACGUAAAACAUUGGUAAAGACUAGGUAUUUGUAAUAUAAAUAUUAAGAGAGAACAUGUGAUAUGUAACUUCUGUGUUGAUCCUUAGCUGUAUCAGGAUUUAAUUGUAUAUUGUAGACAUUUGUUGAAAACACAUUACAUUCAUACAUUGUAAAAAAAAAAAAAAAAGUAUCAUGUCUAUAAACAAAACAUUGUUAUUUAUCCUCAAACCUUUAGGUAAAUAAUUGAAAUCCAUUGGCCAACAGCUCAAAAGGGGACACUAGGAAAAUGUAUCCCACAAAAACCUAGUUGAAGGACAUACAAUAACGUUUCCGUUUUUAGGAUCCAUACACACAAGCGCUUACAUCUUAUCAAAAUAAUUCAAGUUAAUUAAAAAAAUGAAAUGAUUUAAAAAUGAAGAGGGGUGAAUUAAGCUAAAACACAUUAAAAAUAGUGUUUUCAAAAUUAGAAUUCUGUAAAAAAAAAAAUAGACAACAAAAGUAACAUAACUAGCAGAGCAGCCUUUUGUGCCUGGCUUUGCUGGAUGAAAGGUAGUGCUUGGCGGAAUGACCAAGAAUAUAUUUCACAGUAUUUAAAAAAAUUUGGACAGUUCCCCGGUAUAUGACUCUAUUAUUUAUUUAUUUAUUAAGCAUGAUGACUUUUAUAUAGGUUCGUGGCAUAUAAAUAUUUUAAAUCGUUCCAUAAACACUAUAAACAGACCUAAAUACUAAAUGUAUUCAAAAGAGAUUUCUCAAAAGCUAUAUAGCUUAAGUUAGACAAGUUUAAUGUCAAAUUACAAUAUGUUAAUAUUGAAGCCAUCAGAGGCAUUACAAUAUGAAAAUCAGCCACAAUUCCCUUUUUGCUCCAGUACACAAAUAAAUUCAGUUUAGCAUGCAUUAAUACUAUCCUUCAAGCUACGAUAUUAAUAUAUUUUAACAGUGCCAUAGUUACUGCUGUUUAAGCUUUUUUGCAUGUUGUACCAUAAGAUUUAGAAAAUUUGGUGCUGAAUUCUGCAAUAAAUGAUUCUGGACCAAUUCUGGACUUGUCUGGGGGAUGAGAAGAACUUUUCUCUAAACUGUGGAUCGAUGAGCGCUGACCAACAGUCACUCCAACAGUCAGUCUGUUAGAUUGUUAUGCGGACUGGCUUGCAUUUUUUUUUCUUAACCUGUAAAUGAGGAUUUACAGGUGCAUCUAAAAAAAUAUAUCUUUAAACAGUUACUUUAUUUCAGUAAAUUAGUUCAAAAUAUUUACCAAAUAUAUUAUAUAGAUGAUUACACACAGAGUGGUCUAUUUUACUUUUAUUGUUGUUGAUUAUGGCUUGCAGCCAAUGAAAACCCAAAAAUCAGUGUCUCAGAAAGUAAAGAGAAAGAGAAAGUGAGAAAGAAAAUAUUAUAUAAGACCGUACUUUGGCAGCAUGGGCAGUUCCAAGUGUGCCAAGUCCUGCUGGAAAAUGAAAUCUGCAUCUUCAUAAAAGUUGUCAGCAGAGGGAAGCAUGAAGUGCUUGUAAGAUUUUGUGGAAAAAACACUGCAAUGACUUUGGACUUGAUAAUAAAACACAGUGGAUCAACACCAGCAGAAGACAUGUCUCUCCAAACUAUACAUUUUUACAAUUAAUUUAUAAAUUGAGGGAGCAGAGUCUGGAGGAAGAGUGGAGAGAUACACAGUCUAAGCUGCUCGAGGUCUAGUGUGAAGUUUCCACACUAAUUUAAAUGAAUGUCGUUAACAAGCAUAUAUGACAGGUUAUGACCCCUGCGUGUGUGUGUUUCCUGUGUGUAUUACCUGUGUGUAUAUAUCCUGUUUGUGUGUGUUCCCUGUGUAGAAAGUGUUGGGCACGUUACUUUGAAAAAGUAAUUAGUUAUAGUUACUAGUAAUUUCUCCAAAAGAGUUACUGAGUUACUCCACUAUAACUAAAACAGAUACCACCAAUAAUAAUGAUUUAAGGUAGUUUUGUUUUCUUUUUAGUGAAAUGGGCAGGAGAAGAUUUUUAAGAGAGAAGCCUCAGCUCCUCAGGUAACCUAGGUAUGAACUUUAUCUCUCAGAUUAUCCCAGAAACACAGGUAGAUGUGUGUUUGUUAGUCUGAGUGUAACUAAAUGAUAAAUUCUGUAAAUUUCCCGCUCCUCACCUUUAAACUGCAGUUUAACCCGUGAAGCAGCUCCUCAGCCCAGUUCCAGAACUUUCCCUCAGAGAGAGAAAACUCUUCAGCUUUGCUGCUGAAACUGUUUAAACUAGCUAAUAUCCGCCACAGUAGUGAAAUACAGCUCCACAUUCUGCUGAGAUCUCAGUAAAUCAGUUAGUAAACACUGUUAAUGAACAUAAAACACAAGCAGGACAUGAGAAUACGGAGUUUUAUUCAGUUAGCUAAAAAGCUUACUCUCUAAAUUUCACCCAGCAACAGCCGCGUCGCUCGCGCGGUAAGACCAGCCAAUCAGAGCUAGGGUCAGGCACAUCGCGUGAUUUCAUUGGUCCGAAAGCCUGUCACUCAGAGUUCUCCCCCGCAGAUUUGCUGUUUUUUUUUCUUUGUUUAUUUUUUUUACGUGUUUUACUAUUAAAACACAAUUAAAAAGUUAUUAUUAGUGUAAAAGUGUUGUGUUAAUAAUAAUAAUAAUAAUAAUAAUCAUUCACAUUUAAAUAAUUAAACAUACACAAUACUAAAUAAUUAGAAAUUAGGAUGUAUGAAUCGUUUCAAUAUUAUUAUUAUCACCAUCAUUAUUAUUAUUAUUAUUAUUAGUGUUUUUAUUCGUUUUAUUAAUAAAAUAUCAUACUAGUUAUAAUUUAGUACUAGCAAUAAUAAUAACAAUAAAUCAAUAAACAUUUAAAUAAUUAAACUUACACAAUAGUAAAUAUUAAAAAUGGAAUUCAAUGAACACAGAUAGGCAAAACUGAUUAAAUAUAAUGCUACAUAAUUUAAUAGAAUUUUAUUUAUAUAACGCUUUUUACAACAAACGUUGUCACAAAAGCAGCUUUACAGAGAAAAACAGGUCCAUGCCUUUUAUGAGCAGCACCACAGAGAGGGCAAUUAUUUUGGCAACACAGUGGCAAACAAAAACCUUCACAUGCAAAACUUUAAAUGCAGUUUUAACUAUGCUACAUAUUUGUGCAUCAAACAAGAAAACUGGGUCGAAAAUAACCCCUAGUUUUCUCACAGAUUUUCCAGGUAUAAUUAAGUGAUCUUCUAUGUCUACAGUAUUAUCAUGUUUUUGUCAAUAUUAGGACCUAAUAAAAGGACCUUUGUUUUAUCAGAAUUAAGUAAGAGAAAGUUGUGUGUCAUCCAAAUUGUUAAUCUCUUCAAUACAGUCUGUUUUUUGAUUUAGACAGAGAUUCUCUUUGGGUUUAGCAGAUAUGAAAAGAUGAGUGUAAUCAGCAUAACAGUGAAAGUUAAUACCAUGCUGUGGUGACAUAUUUAAAAUUGCCAGCCCUGGUUAUUAAGAAAAGCAUAUUAUUCUAAUAUUUAUCCUUUAAUAAUUCUGUGUAUAUGUAAGUGCGGUAUUAAAGUGCUUCUGUACAACUUGUUUUAGCCACAGGAAGUCUAGCCGACAGACUGUUUCCUGUCAUUGAGUGGCAUUAAAGGAGUUCGGCAGCUGCUUCGUUUUUCUUGUGUAUAUGCAUAUUAACAUAAAAGGAGAUGUGAUCAGUUCAAGGGGGGUAAACGUUUGAUUUAACCAAUGAAGUUGCCUAUAGCCUUUUAUGGAAAAUGCAUAACGGUGUAACCUUAUGUAAUCUCAACUCACUGCUUGUGAGCAAAGCUCUUCUGAGUUGGCUGGAAGAAGUUCUCAUCUUUUUUUAUGCUUUCACUUUAUUUUUAAAUAUAAUAAAGCUUUCUAAAAGACAA